AUGGCGUCGAGCACAGCCUGCAGCCACCAGCUGCAGCGCGCCUGUAGCCGCCCACUGGCCAAUGCGCGUCUGCCCACAGCGCUGCCCGCAGCUCUGAGCCGACUGCCGGCGCGGCGGCGCGGCGGGGGGCGGCCUGGCGCCGCGGUGGUGCCCGUUGCGGCGGCGGCGGGCGUGCGGCUAGCGGGCGUGGGCUCCUCGGUGCCCGAGAAGUUCCUGACCAACAGCGACCUUGCGCAGCUGGUGGACACCAGCGACGACUGGAUCACCAGCCGCACGGGCAUCAAGAAGCGGCACAUCCUGUCGGAGGGCGAGUCGCUGGGCAGCCACGCCUCGGCGGCCUGCCUGCGCGCGCUGGACAUGGCGGGCGUGGCUGCAGAGGAUGUGGACCUCAUUGUCAUGGCCACCUCCAGCCCCGACGACCUGUUUGGAAGCGCCACCACCGUGCAGGCAUGCGGGAGGGGCCAGGCGAUUCGGGCCAGCCGCGCAGCCGCCUUUGACCUCACCGCAGCAUGCAGCGGCUUUGUGAUGGGGCUGGUGACGGGGGCGCAAUACAUCCGUGCAGGCACCUACAAGACUGUGCUAGUCAUAGGCGCCGACGCGCUGAGCCGCUACAUCGACUGGAGGGACCGCUCGACGUGCAUCCUGUUUGGAGACGCGUGCGGCGCAGUGGUGAUGACCGCAAAGGACGACGGCAGCUGCGCCCUGCUGGGCAUCGACAUGCACUCAGAUGGCACCGGCAUGCGGCACCUCAACUGCGCGUUCGCCGGGGAGGGCAUGAAGCCGCUGAGCAACGGCCACGCCAGCGACGAGGGUUCCUACAGCAACCUGCACAUGAAUGGGCAGGAGGUGUUCAAGUUUGCUGUGCGCGCUGUGCCCACGGUGAUUGAGGCGGCGCUGGCGGAUGCCGGCAUGGAGAAGCAGCAGAUAGACUGGCUGGUCAUGCACCAGGCAAACAUGCGCAUCAUGAGUGCGGCGGCAGACCGCCUGGGGGUGCCCGCGGAGCGUGUGGUGUCCAACCUGGCCCAGUACGGCAACACCUCGGCCGCCUCCAUCCCUCUGGCCUUGGACGAGGCGGUUCGGCGAGGGGACAUCAAGCCCGGGGAGGUGCUGGCCAUGGCUGGCUUUGGGGCGGGCCUCACUUGGGCCUCCGCCAUCGUGCGCUGGGGCUGA